CCUGGCUCAACGGGCACCGGUUGUGCUGCUGCGUCUGGCGUUUUCCUUGCCGCUUCAAAGGCCUUUUCAGGAAAUAAAAGCAAGGGAACUGCAAGCUGCGCAGCGCGCUGAGUGAGCCACUUCAGCAGACACUUGCGAGCAUGGAUCCCAGCUGAGUUGGGAAUUUUGUUUGCUGUUUCUGGGAGGAAGAAUACAUUUCAAUGAAAUUUUGGUGGCAUCGACAGCCUGUGGUGUGAUAAACUGGAAAAUCUCAGCACUGGUUCCCAUCUCUUUGCUGACAGGCAUCAAAAUUUGGUGGUAGUGAAUCCUCUGAGAAAUGGCCACACACCUCAGACUGACCAGUAGGAAAUGCACAGUGAUUGGUGGUUCAGGAUUCUUAGGCCAGCACAUGGUGGAGCAGCUCCUGGACAAAGGCUACUCUGUCAAUGUGUUUGAUAUUCGGAAGGGAUUUGAGAAUGAGAAGGUGCAGUUUUUCCUGGGAGAUCUGUGCAGCAAAGAGGCCUUGCUCCCAGCUUUACAAGGUGUGUCAGUGGCAUUUCAUUGUGCAUCACCAGCACCUUCCAGUGACAACAGGGAACUGUUUUAUAAGGUGAAUUUUAUGGGAACCAAAACAGUCAUUGAAGCCUGCAAAGAAGCUGGAGUGCCGAAACUCGUGUUAACUAGCAGUGCCAGUGUUGUUUUUGAGGGCACAGAUAUAAAAAAUGGAACAGAAGACCUCCCUUAUGCAAAAAAACCAAUUGACUAUUACACAGAAACGAAGAUCCUACAGGAGAAGGAAGUGCUGAGAGCAAAUGACCCAGACAACAAUUUCUUCACUACUGCUAUUCGCCCGCAUGGGAUAUUUGGCCCUAGAGAUCCUCAGCUGGUUCCUAUCCUCAUCCAAGCAGCUAAGAGUGGCAAAAUGAAGUUCAUGAUUGGAGAUGGAAAGAACUUGGUAGAUUUCACCUAUGUGGAAAAUGUGGUGCAUGGACACAUUCUAGCUGCAGAACACCUUCAGAAAGACUCUCCCCUGUGUGGGAAGGCAUUUCAUAUCACAAAUGAUGAACCUGUUCCUUUCUGGGCAUUCAUGUCCCGUAUCUUGACUGGCUUGAACUACGAUAUGCCCAAGUACCAGAUCCCCUAUUGGCUGGCAUAUUACCUUGCCUUCUUUCUUUCUCUUGUGCUGUUGCUGCUAAGUCCACUGGUCACCAUCAAGCCCACUUUUACCCCUAUGCGGGUAGCGUUAGCUGGAACUUUUCACUACUACAGUUGUGAACGGGCCAAGAGAGACAUGGGCUACAAGCCGGUGGUGAGCUUGGAUGAAGCAAUAGAGAGGACUCUCCAGAGCUACCCCCACCUGCGCCGGGCUAAGGCCUGAGAAGUCCUAGAGGGAUUUUCUUCUACUUGAUUUUCCAGUGCUUUGACAGCUUAACACUGAAGCAAGCUUCACUAAUUCUCUGGAAAAAGGAAUCUUCCCCAAGUCCCUCCUCCUCAUUACCAUCAUCAAGAAAGUUCUCUCUGGGUGGAAAAAACUUCAUGUAGUAGCUGUGCUAACAGUUCUUUUCUGUGUGGCUGAUUGUUCUGAAACAGCUGAUGAACCCUAAGGACUAUGGGUAAACAAACACCCUGCUGUGCCCUUUUCAAUCCCAACCCAGCAAAUUCCUUACUCUUCUCUCUCCACCCUUGUCCUGUUUUGUUGCUCUGGUGAUUCCACCUGCCUCUUCUCAUAGCUUCAGAUUGAGUAAUGAAAUAUUUCUUACGAUUGGUUCCUCUCUGUGGUUUGGCCUUUUCUAUACAAGAGCAAUGAAAGAAGUUCACACCAAAAAGGAGUUCUGCCACCAUUUCUUUUAAUUUAUUGAAGUUGAUUUUAUUAUUCUGGGACUGCUCUUGGAUCUCUCCAUGAUUGAUGGGUGAUUUGACUUCUUUUUAAAGUAUCAGAAGAAAACCUGAGAAAUGGCAUACUAGGCUUGUCCUUGUAAGGAAGCUUGUGCCUUUGUUUUUGCAGGAGCCUAUUUCUAUUCAAAAGUAACACAAAUAAAUCAAGAAGAAACAA